AUUUCACAGCUAAUUUAUGAAAAACACUUGCAGGCCAUGAAUAAAUAAAAAUAAUAAUAAUCAAAUUCGUGUGUGUACAUCGAUAGGGCGGGUUUACAUUUGCUGACCAGCAGGAGGUGCUGUAUGACAGCCAUUCCAAGUAUAAUGGACCCUCUUAAGUAUUUUAUGUUUUCCGAAAUUCAAUUCAAUUAAUAAUGCAUUGUGCAAUAUCAUGAACCACUGUCUGUAUUAGCUAAUGUGUAUCGAAAACCGACAAUUCGGCAACCUCGUUUGAUGACUGAACAUGCUGCAGCACACCAUACACUGACUCCAACUCGUCCCAUACUUAAGAAUAUGAUGUAGGUGGUAAUUAAAAAGCAGAGAGCAGCUCUUAAUUUUUCGUGUGAGCGUGAGAGGUCCAAGGACGCUCCAUACAAAAAGUAAAAAUAACGUUAAAUAUGGCGCAUGUGGGGCGUGAGCGACGUGAUGACGUACGUGGUUAACGUCCGACGUCAAUCGGGACGAAGAUGGCGGCGAGCGGCGGCGGCGGCGAGCCUUCUCAGGCUGGGUCCGAUGAUUUAUUUCAAAACUUUUACACGGAGGUGAAGCAGAUCGAGAAAAGAGACUCUGUGUUAACCUCCAAGCAGCAGAUCGAUCGACUGCUCAGGCCUGGCUCGUCCUACUUUAAUCUAAACCCCUUCGAGGUGCUGCAAAUUGAUCCGGAUGCAACAGAUGUCGAAUUGAAGAAAAGGUUCAGAGCGUUAUCCAUUUUGGUCCAUCCAGACAAAAAUCAGGAUGAUGCAGACCGAGCACAGCAAGCAUUUGAAGCGGUGGACAAGGCGUACAAACUCCUUCAAGAUCCAGACCAGAAGAAGAGGGCUUUAGAUGUAAUUCAGGCAGGAAGGGAAUAUGUGGAGCACAUGGUAAAAGAGAAAAAGAAACAGUUAAAGAAGGACGGGAAACCUCAACUCGUGGAAGAGGAUGACCCUGAAGUUUUCAGGCAAGCAGUGUAUAAGCAGACCAUGAAACUAUUUGCAGAGCUUGCCAUUAAGAGAAAGGAACGAGAAGCAAAGGAUAUGCAUGAAAGGAAACGGGCAAGAGAGGAAGAAAUUGAAGCAGCAGAGAAAGCAAAGCGAGACAGAGAAUGGCAGAAAAACUUCGAGGAAACAAGAGAUGGCCGUGUGGACAGUUGGAGGACGUUCCAGGCUAAAGGCAAGAGCAAGGAGAAGAAGAACCGGUCCUUCCUCAAGCCCCCCAAAGUAAAGAUGGAGCAGAGAGAAUGAUGUAAAAAUGGGACUUGAUUAACUUAAAACCUGAUGUUUUCCAUACCGUGUACCCCUUAUACCCCCCCCCCUCAUUCACACGUUCUUGGAUUAUACCUGCCUCAUGUAAGUAAAUAGUACAGCUUCCAUAUCUUAGGAAACAACCAAAUGGUUGGUGACAUUUUUUUUAUAUACAUAAAAUAAAAGUUGGUCUUAAGAAGCCAAUCUUUUUUGUGGUGUCUAUCACUGUAUAUGUCCACAUUGGCAGCUACUUCACGAUGCUGCAUUUAAUGUCAUCUUGCUGCGGUUAUUUUGGCAUUUGUGUUUAAAUAAAUGACAAGCCAUGUAAGUGGAACUUUUUGUCAGCUGGCUCCUUGUUGUCAGUAAAGGGGUCAUUCAGUGGUUCACAUGACGUUGCACUGGUCUCCCCCUGCUGCAGCAGAUGUAGUCACACCUCCAAUCACACCAUCCAGACUGAGGCUCUGGAAGGCUCCAAAGAGAGAAUCCUCCUUUUUCGUUGCUGGUUUUCUGGUCGUGGUUGUUUUCUAUAUGUAGAAGAGAAGAUUAUCAACAACGGACUGAAAUAAAAUGCACACAGCACCAAACGUAAGGAAAUUUGUCUUUUUGGGGGGGUAACAAUGCUACUUGGCAAUUUAUACUGUUGUUGAAAAGCCUAUUAUUGCCAGAUUGUGGCUGUGUAUGGUUAAUCCAACACGCUACUGGGGGUCUUGAUUGUUGAAUUAGCAAUGUUUUCAAACUUCAAUCAAGUAAACAAGAUUCAACAGAUAAAAGCAAAUUUUGCUCUUUCGGUAUUGGCACAGAAGGUUUGCCAAUUUUUUCUUAUUUCUUAGACACAACCCACAAAUGUGGCAUUUAAACAGGCUAACCAAAAGCAAAGAAGCAUUGUUACAACAACGAAAUCUAUAAAAUUCAAAUGUCUUUACUUUUUGUGCUGUUUACAUAAACUACUCAUAAGAAGUUAGGGACGCUUUCAGGUGAACCUAAACAGCACAAUGACUUUAACAGGUCAACUUUAUUUGAGCUUUAAACUUUUGAAUGCACAUCCAUUUUGCACAACUUGCUGUUAUCUUGUGAACAGCAACAUUCACAACAGGUGUUUGAUCCAUGAGUGGCCCGAUACAUUUCCUGCUUCAAUUAGAAUUGGCAUUUAAACACUCACCUAAACAUCCAACAUUGUCAUCUUGUGUAAAACAAAAGACAUCGUAGAUGUUUAAAGUUCUUAGAGGUGCUUUGUGCCAGUCCAAUUCUGCCAUUUACUUGUUUCGCCUAAUGUUGGAAGUAUCUUGCGCAUAUACGGGAUUGGGAAACUUAUCAAUACAUACGGUCAGAACUGUAAGGACAGCACCAAUUCUCAUGCGUGUACACAGGAUUCCACACACAGGCACAGGACUUUAAGACAAAAAUCUGCACAUGUGGGUGUAAAGCUCAGCUAGCACAGUACGCCAUCCAUCCAGACAUUAUCUGAGCCGCUUAUCCUCACAAGGGUUGCGGGAGGGCUGGAGCCUAUCCCAGCCGUCAUCGGGCAGGAGGCGGGGUACACCCUGAACUGGUUGCCAGCCUAUCGCAGGGCACAUACAAACAAACAACCAUUCGCACCUACUGGCAAUUUAGAGUCCACAGUACGGUAAAAACACAAAAUUCCCCGCACAGGUGCAGCACCUAAUUUAAAAAAAGAUAUAUCUACAGUGGUGGGAAAUGCCAGAAAAGAAUUAAAGGUCCCAUUUCGCUUACACUUGUAAACAAUUCCAGGCAUAACAUCAGUCCUACCAAUCAGAGAGGAGUGCAUUUUUGUAUUCAAAUAACAUAAUGUAUUUGGCAUGCAGUACUUCUGUAUUCUCCCGCCCGGAU